AUGCUUCGCAAUUAUAUCAUAUCUUUAGCCUGCCUGCUGGGCAUGGUGCAGGCGGCACCCUCGGAUAACUCUAAACCCGCUCACCCCCCUAAUGUUUUUUCAAAAACGGAAAAGUUUCCCUUGCCAAAUCAAGGCCACCUGAACGUCCAUGACCCCAAUAUCUUGCAGCACGACAAUAAUUUCUACCUAUUCAAAGGAGGGAUCCAAGUCCCCAUAUUUAGAUCAUCUAACCUGUCAGGGCCCUGGACAGAGAUUGGCACAGUCCUAGACGGUCCCACAAUCAUUGAGAAACAAAACCGGACGCGUCCCUGGGCUCCAACGACGGUGGAAUGGAAAGGGAAAUUCUAUUGUUUCUAUACCGUCAGCAAGGAUGGAGUUCGCAAUAGUGCUAUCGGCGUUGCAAGUACAGACUCGAUCGAAAAUGGCUCUUGGACAGACCAUGGGGGUCUGAUCUAUACUGAAAAAGGGCCGUUAGCCCAUAUUUGGCCAUAUACGGUAUCCAAUGCCAUUGAUGCCUCGUUUAUAGUAGACCAGCAAACGCAACAGCCGUACCUGCUAUAUGGGAGUUACUGGCAUGGCAUUUUCCAAGUGCCCCUUGCCGAUGACUUAUUGUCCGUCAAGAACCCCGAGAAGCCAGAUGCGAAGAAUUUGGUAUAUUUACCAGACGGAAUGCCAAAACCGGAUGAAGGGUCUUUCAUGAGCUACAAGGAUCCCUAUUAUUAUGUGUGGUUUAGUCAUGGGAAAUGCUGUCAUUUUAACAAAGGUUUCCCAUCUAUGGGUCAGGAGUACAGUAUCCGUGUCGGAAGGUCGAAGGAUGUGCGAGGUCCGUUUGUGGACAAGCACGGAAAGGACCUGGCGGAGGGAGGCGGCACCACAGUCUACGACUCGAACCAUGGAAUAGUCUAUGCUCCUGGUGGAAUUGGGGUGCUGCCUGCCACUACCACGGAUCCAGACAUUUUGUAUUAUCAUUAUCUUAACACAAGUGUCGGAUUCUUGCAUGGCGAUGCCUUACUGGGUUGGAACUAUCUCGACUACGAGGAUGGCUGGCCUGUAGCAAGUUAA